UCUCUUAAGAGUUCUCACAUUUAACGCGUGUUAAAAGACAAACUGUCCUCUUUUUUUUGUUCUGUAGUUUUCAUCUGAGGUUUUCAAGAUGUUCGGACACAACCAAGGAAACCAGAACCCUCCUGGUUACCCGAACCAUCCUCAGCAGAUGCCAGGGGGAUACCCUCAACAUCCUCCAGGCACUGCACCGCCAAUGAACCCUUCUUAUCCUCAAGGUCCGUACGGGGGCCAACACGGACCCGGACCUGGUUAUGGUCCCGGACAAGGCCAAGGGCACGGACAGGGCCAGGGCCACGGACAGGGCCAGGGACAGGGUUAUGGCCAGGGCCACGGACAGGGCCAGGGACAGGGACAGGGUCACGGCCAGGGUCACAGCCAGGGCCAUGAUCAGUGCCAUGACCAUGGUCAUGGCCAGGGUCACGGUCAGGGCCAUGGCCAGGGUCACGGUCAGGGCCAGGGCCAUGGACAGUGCCAUGGCCAGGGCCACGGCCAGGGCCACGGUCACGGUCACGGUCAGGGCCACGGUCACGGUCACGGUCAGGGUCACGGUCAGGGUCACGGUCAGUGCCAUGGGCAAGGCCACGGGCACAAGCACAAGGAUGGUCACAAGCAUGACAAGUGUCACAAGAAAGGAAAGGACUGUCACGGGGCCUCCAGCAGCUCCUGCAGCAGCGACUCCGACUAGACGAGGGCUCCCGGACAGGAGGAGAGACAUCACGAGUCGGCAUCACGAAACGUUAUAAUCAAUACGUCGCUCCCUGAUUGUUUCAUCUUCCAAUGUAAUCAGAGUCUCUGACUCUCCCAUCAAUGC